CAAAUACAUAUGUUUCAUUAGCCCAUGCCAUUAAUUAGCCCAUCUCGUAAUUAACUACUCCAAAUUAUACUACUAAACCUAAUUUUCUCUCUCUCCGUAUCUUCUUCAAUCUUCCCCUUCUCCGUAUUUCCCCUUCUCUCUCCCAUCGCCGCUAUCUUCUUCAAUCUUCCCCUUCUCUGUAUUUUCAUUUUCAAUGGCUGCAUAUCCAAAUUUUCUUCACCAAGUUCUUCAACCAUCUACAACUCUCUAUAAUCAGGUAAGUAGUUUCUUCAUCUAAUUAUUCUUCUCUAUUUUUCCAUCUCUCAUCUCUCUGUCUUCUUCGAGUAUCAUCAAAAAGGAAGGACUCAAUUGUAAUUUCGGAUGAGUUUUGAAUCGAGCUACAGUGCUACUGCAAAGAUGAUAUUAGCAGAGGCGGCAGCGGCGGUGGCGACGAGGGGAGCGGCGCCGACAGCGGUGGCGAGGCAACGGGGGUCGGCGGUAAACGGUCCACGCACUACACCAAGGGGGGAGUCCAUUGCUGUGGCGAGGGAGUGGGAUGUCAUCACAUAAGACCCCAUAGUGGACACCGAUCAGACCGAGCCGAGCUUUUGGAAGCGCGUCAUGUUGGCAUACAACAAGUUCAAGCCGAGAGGCGCCAAACCGCGUGACGUGAAACAGCUCCGCAAAAAGUGAUCUAGGAUUCUGCGAGACACCAAGAGGUUUGCAGACAUAUACGAGAACAACCUUCUCACCUCUGAGAGUGGCCGAAGCGAGGCCGACAUGAAAGCGUUGUCUAUGUCCCAAUUCAACACGGAAGGCUGACCGAAGUUCAACUCCUGGGAAGAGUAUCUCGUUCUCGAGAAGUGCCCGAAAUUCAAGGCCAGAGGAGAGGGGGAUAGGUCCUAGGGAGAAGCGAACUAGACAAAACAUCGCUAGGGACUACAGCAGCGGCAGCGGCUCGCAAUCAUUCGACCUCAACGACGACCAAACGGAAGAGCCCGCAGCUACACACUCUAGGAGCCCACGCCCUCCGGGCCAACAUGCCUCUAUCCGAGGCGCUAGAGUGGCUGCAGGUUCCUCCCGCCUCUCCUCAGCCUCUUCUGGAUCGGGCAUCUCGCAACCCGCCCCUAUACCGCACUCCGUGGGCACUGGUCCCCCCGAGGUCUUGCAGAGGAACAUUGAUAUGCAGUUGAUGAAACAACUGCAAGAAAACUGUUGUUUCUAUGAGACAGCGACCGACCCGAUCACCAAGGAUAUAUACUACGCGCUCAUGUGUCGGAUCAAGGAUCAGCUGGGGUUGUCUGCGGCUGGGGCAGCGGCAGGGGGCGGCGAGUGGCAGCGGGGGAGGCGGCGGAGAAGCGGCGGAGGAAUCCGACUCAGCCACCGAUUAGACGGUGGAGGAGUUUUUAUUUGUAUUUUUAAAAAAUGUUUGUUGUAUAAAUUUUCCAUUUCCGUAAUACAACGAAUAUUUGGUCCCAAUACUUUUUUUAAAUUUCAAUAUUACCUCGUUUUCUAGUUAUUUACAUUCCGAUAAUUCUAAUUAUAAUUGAACUAAAAUAAACAAAAUAUAAAAUAAAAUGAAAAGUGGCUAAAAAAGUGUCCUUUAUAACUGCGGACACUAUUUUUUGUGGGCACGGACAAAUACGAAGUGGUUGUAGACAAAACAAAAAUGACGGGGCUAUCGGAAGUGUCGCUACUGUGGAUGCGCUCUAAUAUAUUAAUAUAUUGAUUGGUUUUGCAGGUCUGGACAAAAUACAAGAAAAGACUGAUUUUUUCCCCUUUUAAGUUGGAAACAGACUAUUUUUUGUAGUUCUAUCCGAUUUCGGGUAAAGAUGCUGUUUUUAUCUCAACUCCAGCAAAUGGGUAAAAUAGUUGAGAAUUUUUUUGCAGUUUCUGUGUAGUUUUGUAGAAAGAUCAUCAAAAUUCUAAGUUGCUUUUUGGCUGAAACAGUUUGAUAACGCUCUCAUCAGUGGUUUGCGCUUUGAUUCUUGUGGAGAAGAUGAAAAGCCUUAUGGAAGUGCUUCCACUAAAUUUGAUGACAUUCUUUGACGAAUGGGAAGUCAGGGUGUCCAUCAUCCUCAGCCUCUUCUUGCAAAUUUUGCUGAUCACUAUGGGUGGUCGCAGGAAAUAUAUAUGCAGACUUUGGAUCCGAAUCAUUCUCUGGUCUGCUUACUUAUUGGCAGAUUGGGUGGCUGUCGUCUCGCUUGGCAUCAUCUCGAAGAACACCCUUGAUAAGUGCCACAAAAAGAUUAAUGAUGAACCUGGGAUUGAACUGAGGUGGUUCUGGGCUCAGUUCUUUCUGCUGCAUUUAGGCAGCCCCGACGCCAUCACAGCGUAUUCUCUUGAAGACAAUGAGCUGUGGCUGAGGCAUUUGGUGGGGAUGGUGAUUCAAACUGGCCUUGCUUUCUAUGUACUACUUGUUGCUUCCCCCGGCUCGGAUUGGCUUCCCUCUUUGAGUGCCCUCAUCUUUAUAGCGGGUGGAAUCAAGUACGGAGAGCGCUUGUCCACGUUGUGUGCAGCCAAUAGUGAGAAUUUCCGUGACUCUAUGCUCCCAGAGCCUGAUCCGGGGCCCAACUACGCGAAAUUCAUGGAGGAAUACGCGUUGAAGGAAGCUGAAGGGUUCAGUGUUAGUGUGGAUGAGGUUGAAGAAAUACAUGGUCCUGCUCAGCACGAUUUCCCCGAUGAACCAAGUGUACUAGAAGCUUACGACUUAUUCUUGACGUUUAAGCGCCUAUUUGCUGACACAAUCUUGAGCUUUCAAGAUCGUGACAGAAGCAAAUCCUACUUCAUGAAGCUGGACGGGGAGCAAGCUUUUAAGGUUGUUGAGAUUGAGCUUGGGUUCAUGUUUGAUGAACUCUACACGAAAGCAUCCAUUGUCUAUAAUCUCAGGGGGUGUUUCCUUCGGGCGAUCACUUUCUCGUGCACGCUCAUUGCAUGGAUGGUGUUCAUCUUCGUGUGCGAUAAAGCCAAGUACAAGGUGUUGGACUUGGUGAUCACUCACUUGUUGCUUGUGGUGGCUGUCUUCUUAGAGAUAUACGCUGUUGGGGCUCUCGUGAACUCAGAUUGGAUGUGUAGGCUCAGGGGAUGUGACAGAAGUCGCAGAACAACUAGUUUUGCUCGCGUAAUUCACUGGUUUCAGCCAGUCAAGAAGAGAUGGUCGGAGAAAGCUGCUCAACACAAUCUACUUGAUCUUUGUGUAGGAAACAAAUUUGCAGUGUUGCCUAGAAGCAUCAGAAAGGCUACUAGAAUCUAUCACUACAUUGAAAAGCAGUGGCACAAGUCGUUUGUCGACGUCUCCAUAGAUCUGAAAAAGCUAAUAUUCGGGGAGUUGAAGAGCUACACAAAUUGCUCUGCUUCUACUAUGUGGAAUAGAAGGGGAAGUUUCACUCUUGAAAAGUAUCCCUCUCUCUCUCUCUUGAUAAGAACAAAGAGAUAGAAUUCGACCAGAGGAUCCUCCUCUGGCACAUCGCCACGGACCUCUGCUAUUCGCUGGAACCACCCGACAACGAAAGCGAGGAGGCUGCACUUGCAGGCCACAGCAAGCACAUAUCUGAAUACAUGCUGUAUCUCCUCAUUGUCUACCCUUUCAUGCUGCCAAUGGGGAUUGGGUUGAUAAGGUUCCGGGACACGUGUGCGGAGGCAAAAGUGUUUUUCAGAGAGAGGGGGGCGAUGAUAUCCAGGAAAGGGGAGGCGUGCAAGAAGCUGCUGGAGGUGAGCACCCAAGUGCCACCGGCUAAAGUGAAGGGAGACCGGAGCAAAAGUGUGCUGUUCGAUGCUUGUAUACUGGCCCAGUCUCUCUUAGAUGUGAAGGUAGAGUCGCAGAGGUGGGAGAUUAUAAGCAAAGUGUGGGUGGAGAUGCUGGCUCAUGCUGCCACACAUUGCAGCGGCACCCACCACGCACACCAGCUGCGGAAGGGCGGAGAGCUGCUAAGCCAUGUAUGGCUUCUUAUGGCACAUUUGGGCAUCACUGAGCAGUUCCAGAUAUCUCAAGGUCAUGCUAGAGUUAAAAUCAGGUCCUCCUAGACCUAAAACAAAAUGUUUUUUUCUCAAUCAAUAUUCUACUGGUGUUUAUGAUGUCCUUGUAAAAUAGAUUCUUGCAAUCUUUGCUCAUUUUCCCCCCAUUAAAA